AUGAAUCGUUUUUAUGAAAAAACGUCAACUUCGCCUGUAAACAUUGCAGUUAUCAAAUAUUGGGGAAAGCGUGAUACAACUUUAAUUCUUCCGACAAAUUCUUCUUUAUCUGUAACUUUGUCACAAGAGCAUUUACAAAGUAAAACUACAAUUCGUGCUUCACCCGACUUUAAAAAAACUAGGUUAUGGCUUAACGGUAUUGAAGAAAUUGAUAUUGAUAAUAAUAAAAGAUUGCAAAAUUGUUUGCGUGAAACUCGAAAUUUACGGAAAGAAUAUGAAAAUAAAUUAAGUAAAGAAGGUGUAAAAACUGUUAUUCCUUUAUCUGAAUUUAAUGUUCAUAUUUGUUCGGAAAAUAAUUUUCCUACAGCUGCAGGAUUAGCAUCAUCAGCAUCUGGCUUUGCAUGUUUAACUUAUACAUUAGCUCAAUUAUAUGAAUUGCCAGUUUCAACUACCGAACUUUCUAAAAUAGCUAGACAAGGUUCAGGUUCUGCAUGUCGUUCAUUAUUUGGUGGAUUUGUUGCUUGGGAAUUAGGAUCUCAAAACGAUGGAUCUGAUAGUCAGGCAAUUCAAAUCGCACCAAAAGAUCAUUGGCCUGAAUUGGAGGCGUUAAUUUGUAUAGUUAGUGAUGCCAAAAAAGGAAUUAGUAGUACGGAAGGAAUGCAAAAUACGGUUGCUACUUCGCCACUUCUCCAGCACCGUAUUGAAAAGGUAGUUCCCGAACGUAUGAAAUCCAUAACUGAGGCCAUUCUUAAUCGUGAUUUUCAAAAAUUUGCGGAAAUUACUAUGAGAGAUUCUAAUCAAUUUCAUGCAGUUUGCUUAGAUACAUAUCCUCCAAUCUUUUACCUUAAUGAUGUCUCUCGUGCCAUUAUUCGAGUCAUUACAGAGUACAAUUCGUCAAACGAAUUCAAGAAAUUAAAAGCAGCGUAUACAUUUGAUGCAGGACCAAAUGCAGUUAUUUAUACACUUCGAGAAAAUAUCCCCGAGAUAAUUAAUAUUAUUGCCAAAUAUUUUCCUGGUAAUGUGGAAAAUGAUAAAGACUAUUUUUCUGAUCCAGAUCAAUUAUUUGCAGGGAAUAGAUUUGGAGAAAAUCCAUUACCUCAAGGAUUUAAUAGUCAAAUAAUUCCAAUAUUUCCACCUGGAAGUGUGAAACAAAUUUUGAAUACAAGAAUUGGUGAUGGACCACAAACGUUGAACGGAGAAAAAGAUGGAAUGUUGAACGAAGAAGGUUUACCCAAAAGAUUAUUGUAA